UCAUGUGUCAAUAAACCGCGCAGUCGUCGUUGGCCUGGUUGGCGAGUGUUUCGGGCUUGUUGUCGUUCCUCUAGUCGACCGAAUAAAUGCUCGAAAAUCUCUCCAAAAUGGACGCUCUGAAGGAACAAGUGAUGAUAAACCAGUUCGUACUGGCGGCCGGGUGUGCAGCGGACACUGCCAAGCACUUACUUCAAACGGCACACUGGCAAUUCGAGACGGCAUUAAGUAUUUUCUUCCAAGAAGCACCGAUACCAAACGGCCAUCCACACUGCUACAGACAAGGUGGACAUUCGGUGCACGCACCGGCCAACACGCCAGCAACUCCUCCCAAUUUCCCGGAUUUAAUGAUGGACCUUUCGAAAUUGGGCACAACGGACAAAUAUCACGCCGGUUCCCCAACAUGUAUGACGUCUGCGCCGGCCCCCAUGCAGCCAAUAACACAGUACGGACACGGUAACAACAACCAGAAACAAAUGGAGGUGGAACCGCAGAGGUGAGACUGGCCCAAAACCGGACGGAUUUGGGGGGUUGGGGAAAUCUGGCAGUGGAAACAACACGGAUCAUCACUUGUGGAUGGAAUGUUAUCACCGGACAAAGAUGAUCGUGGAAGACAAGGAAAAGAUAUCUUUCAAAUGGAACUUGAAUAUUUGGAAACGUGCAGCUGCAGUUGUGUGCGGGUGGAGUAGGCCUAGUACCAUCGGAUUAUGAACUUGGAAAAAUAAAGCGUUGACAGACAGCAACACUUUAGAGCAGAGGGGUGCCUAAUGGAUCUGCGAUGUGGAAAUGAUUUUCUCUAUUUUUUUUGUUUUUUCCCCUUUUUUUUAAUGUUCAGUUCUUGUAAACACCCUGAAAGUUUUAUAAUUGUUCUGACGACUUUUGGGGGGAAGAAUGUAGUACUUCAAUGUCACUUGGAUGUUGCGUGUUUACAAAGUAUGUUUUGAGCAAUGACAACUUUUAAAGCGUUUUCAACCAAAAUGUAAUAACAUUUGGUCUAUCCCAAUUUUUAGGGUGUCGCACGACAUCAACUGAAUGUUACAAAGGUAUUUUAUUGGUACAAAAGUGGCAUCUGGAUACUUCAUUCUCUCCUUUUUCCUCUUGUGUUAGAACAUGUGUUUAAUAGCUCCAUGGUAGGAAUCACCUGGACACGUUAUUUAUACAGUUGUAACACUAACCAUGUCUUGCAGUCAGUGCAGCGCUGCCAUUUUUUUUGGAGAAAAUAUUUGGUAGUUUUUUUGGUCUAACUUAUUGCACAAAAUGUACAUGUAAGAUUGAAAGUUUGAAACCAGUGAGAAAUGGUCAAAUUUGUAUAAUCGUUCCUUAUUAAGCUUAAUUAUGUUGAACAAUUUUUGUAUCAAUUUUUGUUAACAUUUUGUAUGUGUACAAUUUUGUGUGUUUUAAUGGUAUAAAUAUACUAAAAAGCAGAAACAACAAAAAUGUUAUUUUCCCAGCAAAAUUAGUGGAGUGCUAAAAUUUUGAUCCGGACUGGUUAAAAAGUUUGCCGCAUUUAAAUGCGGAAUGUUUGUUCAUUACUUACAAAGACUUUAGAAAGCUACCAAAAUAUGCAAACAUAAAUUUACCCAAAAAUCAUUUUAUAAAGUCCCAGCAUUUCAAAUAUUAGUACAGUACUCAUGUGAAAGUGGACAAUGCUGUCCCUUGAAACUUGUAUUGAAUUGGAAAAAAAAACAGGAGCGCCAGGUUGUUUUUGAUGGAGCCGACUGCCGAUUCACUUAAGAUGCACAGAAGUAAUUGAAUGGUUCAUGGCUAUGUGACUCGCGAUACAAUAUUUUAGGAAGAGUCACAAGACCCUAAUGUACAGUACACAGUUUCAAAUGGAUUCUUACAACAUCAACUGAAUGUGCAAGGCUAUGGGGUACUGCAAACGCACUUUCACACCCAUGAAUUUCACUGGCAUUUGUACUGAAACACUUCUUAUCAACUUCUGAAACCUCAAAAAAUCUACUUCUUAUUGUGCAUUCAGUUUAUGUAAAUGGCACCCGCUUUCUUGGAGUGAUACAUACUUGAUUCUCAGGGUUGUACAUGUAUUUUUGUGCACCAAGAAAACCUCGCUCAAACUGAAUGCCCCUUUAACUGGAGGAGUGACCUUUAAUCAUCACCGCAUGUUGUUCAUGACUAAUUCUCAUGGUUUUUAAAUGUGGCACUGAGCAAUACCACAAGAACGGACAUUUAAUUUCCAGUGUACAUGUAUGUGUAGGCAAACUGUAUUGAAACCUUUGUUAUAACAUGACAUGAAGAUACAUUUAAAGCCUGAGAUGACAUUAAGUUUGUGCAGUGCAUGCAGUUGAAGUAGAAUGAUUUUCUUUUCAUUCAGACCACUGGCAUUUAUUCCCCUUUAUUCUAUACAAAUUUGUGGCUAGCAGUACAGCUGCGCAGGCUUAUACAAGGUACAAGUGCACUACCUUUUCAGGUCAGGCACGGAGUACAGCACAUGACCUUUAGCAUGUUAUUGUAAGCUUAAUACUUGUCCCAUUGUGAAGCAAGCAUACGAUUGACAACUGUCUGGUUCUCGGCUUAACCAUAGAGGAAAAAUAAUUUUCUUUGAAUGCUUGAAUUCUUAACGAAAUGAUGUGCUCACAUAACUCAAUGCACAUUAGUCUAAUAUUAGACACUUCAGUUUUCUUUUUCUUACAAAAUCUUGCAAUCACUGUUUGUUUGUAACGAAAAACGGUCCACUUUCCUGAGUUCAUAUUGUCAGUUUAAUCUGGUACAUGCGUUUGAUAGUGUUGCCUGAAUGAAGAGACAGUAACAUCAACUAACCUUAAUCGAAUGAUCAAGUGGUAAUUGUGUUUAGUCUACAGACUGGGCAAAAUUAAGUUAGAAAAAAAAUUGCUAGCAUUAUGCCUAAAAAUAAUUUCUUAAUGUGGAGGAAUAAACUUGUAUUUUUUACCAAAACAUAUAAAGGGUGAUAUUAAAGGGACACAUUUGUUUACAUUUUUUCCUUUAAAAAGUACAGUUGUACGAGUAAAACGAUGAGUAAUAUUAACAUGUUUUGUAUGAUUUUGUAAUAAAUGUGACGGCCCUUUUGUUCCAUGUAUACACUAGUGUAAGGUCCCCCCAAAUUAAUUAAAUGCCUUUGAACAAAUCUAAAACUGUAUUUUGUAAAUGUGAUGUUAUUUUGUAUAGGUUUUGUUUUACCAUAAUUUUUUUUUGUACGAAAUUUAAUUGCUGCAAGAUGCUGCAACUCUACGCACAUUCUGGAUAUUAUUUUCUUUUUCCCCCAAAACUAAUAUUUCUCCAGACAUUGGAUUUAGGAAAAUUAAUAAGAACCAGUGGAACUAGGAAUCACGUAGUUGUAUAGCAGUAGUAUUACUUUGUGCAAUUUAGCAAGUGUGUGUGUAUUUUCCUUUGAUCGUUUUUGAGGUUGGUUCACCACUCCUUUCUUCGGAGAAAAAAAAGUUAAGCUUAUUGACUUUAAUUCUUUCUUUAAAUCUGCAGGCAAAUUUAGAUUUAAUAUUCCAUGAGUCUUAUGGGUUAUCCUAGAAUACUCUAUCUUGUGGCUAAAUCAUCUUUUAACAUGAAUAUGUUUGUGUGGGAGUUUUAUUAUGUUUUGUACUCGGCAACUUUGAUUAAUUUGCAGGAAUGAUGCUGAAGUACGACUGUGCUUUGUUCUAGUUCAGUGUUACCUGAACAAUAUUAACAGUAGCGUGGAUAAAUAAAUGAAGAACGCGUAAAUGGUACUUUUUGGAAUUGAGAAUUUGUCCCAAAAAAAUGUGUUGCAUGUGAUAAUAAACACUAAAAUGUCUAUUUUCCCCUUACCCUGAGGUAGCUAAAUUGAAGUUUGAAAUUCAGUGCCUACUCAAAUACUAUUGUAUUUAACUCACGGUAUCUCUCACUCAAAUUGAAUACAGUGGAUGUACAAUACAUGAUCGUUCAUUAUAGCAUGGAGUGCCCCUAUCUUGGUCGUAAUAUUUUGUUAGUUUGACCUUGGUAGUAUUUUACUGCUAUCAGGUUUGUUACAUAACAAGCAGUUACGCAAACUGGCCCAUGAUAGCGAAGCAUAAGGAUUAACAACUCUCCUACUGGAGGUGGAAAAUGUAAUUUCAUGAAAAAUAUGUCAGUAGUAAUAUUGUUUGUAUAAUAUUACAAGAUUAAUUUUAGUCUAACACGAGCUACCUCCGCUGCCGCAUAUAAUCAUUGGUUAUUUUAAUUGUUGAUCAAUUGUGUAAAUACAAAGGGCUCAAUAAUUAUUGUAAUACAUGUAAAAAAAAAAACACAUUCAUAAAUAAUGUCAAGGUAUAGGUGGAUUUUCCAUAUUUGUUAUGAAGGGAAUUCACUUGUCAUAUUUGAGAUCGGUGACAGUUUUGUUAAAUAUUGUGGUUAUUUUCGUUCAACUGUUAUGAAAUGCUAAACGGGCAGUACACGUGACUAUGCACACCUUUGCUUGUGAAUGUGUUGCCCUGCACCCGUACGACUCGUGCUUUGUGUCUUAAAAGUUACGUUUGCGCGUUGGUUGGAGAUGAAAUUGAGAUUAUGCUCGUAUAGGCUUGCUCUAUAGGUAGCUACUUUGGAGACGAGCUUCACUAAUGUGUUUUCCAUAAAUGGAUCUUUGCUUGUUUUGAAAAUUCUUUAAAGGUUCAUUCAAAAUCCAUUUACUUUAGAGAGUACCAAAAUAAUAUCUGCAUAUUGACCUACGUUUGAGUGAGGAAAAUGAUUUUGUUUUCUGCGAAAUGUUUUCACUGUAAAACAGCACACAAUCAAGCAAUGUGCUGCGAACCUACGUGGGUAAAUAAACAUAGCACGUCACUGGCAUGCAUAGUUGUGCGACGUCGCUAAGUUAAUGCUCUUUAAUAAUUUUAGAAUUAUGAACUUCCAUUAUAUUAAAGCCGUGUAAAUGUUUCAAGCUUUAAAUGUAUACUAUACUGUGACUUUUCUCUUGUGUAAAGGUACAGUAGGUUUAUAUAUUAGUUGUAUAUGUACAUAUAAUAAUAAAACUGAGGAUUAAAUAACAAA